GCGGCGGCGGGAGCCGGGGAGGCGGAGGCGGGCGGAGGGAGGCGGUGGCGCACGGAGACGCAGCAGCAGCAGCAUGUCGGCCGGCGGAGCGCCAGUUCCGCCGCCCCCGAAUCCCGCCAUGUCCUUCCCAGCGCCGCGGGUCACCCUGCCCGCCGGCCCCGACAUCCUGCGGACCUACUCGGGCGCCUUCGUGUGCCUGGAGAUUGUGUUCGGCGGACUCGUGUGGAUACUCGUCGCCUCCUCCAAUGUUCCUCUACCUUUGUUGCAAGGAUGGGUCAUGUUCGUGUCUGUGACAGCUUUCGUCUGUUCCCUUCUCUUCCUGGGCGUGUUCCUCUCUGGCGUGGUGACUCAGAUUAAUGCCAACUGGAAUUUCCUGGACUUCGCUUACCAUUUUACAGUCUUUGUAUUCUACUUUGGAGCCUUUUUGCUGGAGGCAGCCACCACGUCGCUGCAUGACCUACACUGCAAUAGAACCGUGACUGUGCAGCCACUCCUGAGCGAUAACCAGUAUAACAUAAACGUGGCAGCCACAAUUUUUGCCUUUGUGACGACAGCUUGUUAUGGUUGCAGUUUGGGUCUGGCUUUACGAAGAUGGCGACCGUAACACUCCUUAAAGACUAACUACUGCUUGUGUGUUAGUUUCAUUUGUGUACUUUUUAUGUCUUGAUCAAUUUGGGUACCGUUUUGUUCAGAUAUAACAAUAUCCCCAAAGUAAUUUGUUUGGUAUAUGGAGAGAAUCUAAGUAUCCAUCCAUCUAAGUAUCCAUCAUUUCAUGGAUUGAAAUUUUAUUAUGAUGUUAGGAAAUGGCCUUUAGUUUUACAUUUAUCUGUCUCUUUCUUUUUCUUAUUUUAAAGAAUAUUUCCCUUUACAUCCAUAAAAUACAUAGAUAUCAUUCAUGCAAAAGGGGUAUCUCUUGUAUUAGUUGCCAAAUCACCCGAACCUUAAUUUUAAUAGGUAACUAAAAUUCCUGAAGAAAAACACAUUUAAAAUAAGGUUCCCACUGAACUCUGUGUUUUAGUGUAAAAUGGAGAUCAGCAUUCUUUUUCUCUAAAGGUACAGAUAGUAAAUAUUUUAGGCUUUGUGAGCCAUACAGUCUCUGUCACAAGUACUCAUCUCUGCUGUUACUAUGAAAACAGCCGCAGACAUAUGAAAUGAGUGAGUGUAGCUGUGUGUUCCAGUAAAUCUUUAUUUUCAAAAACCAGCAGCAGACUGGACUUGGUCUGUGACUACAGGCUAUUGUUUGCUGACCUCUGGUUUAAAACCUUGGCUAUGGGUUUUGUAUUUUAUUAAACUGGUCCUCAGAGGUCUAAACUGAAUUCGACAAGCCAUGUGAUAUUUAGUCUCGUUCAGUAAUCACACUGCCUUUGGGUUAAUGGUCAGUUACCCUUGAAGCAGCUGUAGCAUCUCAGGCUAAUUCAGGCAGAGUCUUGAGUACAAGAAAAAGUAAUUUAUGAAGUGAACCCUAGUGGCUUAAUCCACCUAAAUGUUUUCCUAACAACUGAGCAAAAUGCUUAGCUGGCAUUCUUAAAACAAGAGCCCCAGAGACCUCUAAGCCACUCCUGAAAUGGGUAUCUAGUGCCUGAUGUUUUACUUUGGGUUUAUUUAUGCUUCAAAUAGCAGCUGUUUGUCCUGUGCAUGAGUAGAUGAGUAUUUUUAUGUGGAUAUCUGAAGCUUUACCCAAUAGAGCUCUCCAAAGGGUAAAUGUUUUACUGCUAAUUCUUUUACAUGACUCUAAGUUAAAUUCAAACAGAACAUGAGAUGUAACUUAAAGUUGCAGAUUCUCAUUUAGAGAAUAGUCCUAUGUUGUUUUGCACUGGUGAGAAAUACAUAGAAUCAGUUUUCAAGGAACAGUGGUCACAAAAGCUAUCUCUGGCUGAAUAGCACGGAAAAGUAUUUUAAGCCACCUCAGAGACCCUGGUCAUGGCAAAGUGCCAAAAUGGCUUGAGAACAAGUUAGAGUUAGUCCCCAGCUCACACCACCUGUCCAAGUGAGAUACUUAUCCCUUGCCCCAAGAGGGCAACCUCUGGGAAAAGAGAGUUUUGAUUAUUUUAUAUUUUCAGCCCUUUGUAUUUUGGUUGAAUCAUCCCCUACAAGUGCCAUGUAUAAGUAGAGCAGUUAGAUUUCAUGAAACAAUCCUGAAUGAGCAGCAUAAUCAAUGCUCAGUGAUCAAAUGCUGUUUAUGUAAUAAUCCCUUAGGAAGAAGAAUCUUGUUAGGGGUUGGUUUGUGAUGUAACUAUAAAGAUAAAAGGUAUAUUUAAUAUGUGGCAAGAAGAAACCAGUCUUAUGACUUUAUCAUAGCUUUUCUAUAAAAAUCCAACUUCCUUGGUUUUUCCAGUUCCAUACCACACACUUAAACCUGUAUUAUAAAUGGUCUAUUACAAAGUCAUAAAUGUGCCAUAAGGAUAUAUCAUCCAUUCCGGCUGGAAUUGUUAAAAGUCUGCUAGAUUUAGUCGUGAGAUUAUAUUUUUAUUUCCAAGGUAUAACAGGUCCAUGCUGCUUGGUGGCAUUAAAUUAAAUGAUUUCGUGAAACUGCCUUGAUGGCACUUUUAUAAAUGCAUUGCUUCUCGAUCAUAAAGAACCAAGCCUAGAAGUCAUUUAACUGUGAAUACUUAGAAUUGUAGAUUAAUCAUGAUCUAGAUUUGGGAGUUGACUGACAAAGCACUGAACAAAAAUUAUAGCAUUUGAGAAUUUCUUUGUAUACCUUAGCUGUAAAAAUGAGAAAGUGUUGGUUGGUCUUAAAAUCUGGUAACUCCAUGAUGAAAAUAAAUUUAUUUUAUAAGUGUUAUGACUCUAAUAAAGUAUUCAUUUGAUAAUC